UUUUAAAUUGGGGGGCUCGCGGGGCUAUUGUUGUCCCAAGAAGAGCAGGGCUACUUCUUAAGACGUUUUAUAAAGUAUCUAUGCUGUACUCCUCUUGCUAUAAGCAACUUGAGUUCCCUGGAUAUUCUGCAAAAGGCAUUAAAAGGCUUCCAGAUCAGGUGUUUUGGUAGUUCACAAGUCACAACAGGCCUUUGUUCACUUCACUGGUCACUCUAUCUGAAUGAUAAAGCAAUGGCACAUGAUAGGAGGGCAAGACAAAAACCAGUUACAGCUCCAAUUAUAUUGCAUCGAAAAGAACGUGAAUAUGAAACUCAUGAAAAGAAUGAAGAGCUAAUCACACCGCAACCCAAAAUAGAUUAUGACAAGAAAGUGGCAGAAAAAGAGGUUGAAGUUGCUUAUUCUAGAAUAAUGCUUCUUGGAUCAGCUGGGGUCGGGAAAACAUGUUUCACUCGAUCGCUUAUGGAAAAACCCUUUCAAAAAGAUACCGACAGUACUAUAGUAUCCGAGCUUCAUUCUAUAGUACCAGUUAGACGUCUGGCUAAGCCAAAUAAUGACCAGCAUUAUUAUGGUGUUCGUGACAGACACACUCCCAGCAGGAGAUCUGAUUAUGAUACACCAGAUGAUCCUUCACGACCAGAUCGAUUCAUUCCUUCAGAUGAAGAGGACUUCACUUCUUUGAGAGGUAAUAUGCCACCACCAAACCAGCACGAUCCACGUGAUUUUCGAUUUGAUCAAAGGAGGCCUGAUCAGUACAAAAAACGAGAUGAUUAUCCUUCACCAGAUCGCUCUAGGCCAGAUGAUUAUACUGCACUGGAUUACAACAGGUCGGAUUACUAUUCUUCACCGGAUCACCGCAGGCCAGAUGAUUAUCCUUCACGAGAUCGCUAUAAGCCAGAUUAUUAUUCUACACCAGAUCAUUAUGAAAGGUCAAGUCAUAGACCAGAUAAUCCUGAGGAUGUUUCUAGUAGCACCAGAAGAUUUAUUGGAGGGCAACAACCACAACCACAUAUAGAUUUUACUCCCCUGCAGUACCGGAGUCCACCAGAUCAUCGUGAGAAAGAGCCUCGGGUCAGGGGGGAUCGUCCAUUUCAGUACAGCGCUCACAUGCUUAGUGAUAAGAAAUGGAAAGAAGUUGAUGAAAAUGACGAAAUUGAAGAAGUUGCUCGUUUAAUUGCUGCAGUUUAUGGAAAAUCUUCUGGCUCUGAAGAUCUUCGUACUGCAGUAGCUGCUUCGUCAUUGUAUAAAGUAGAUUCAUCACUGAGCCUUUCAGAAUUAUCAGUUCGAGAAAAUCAAAAAAAAGAAGUUGAUUUGUUUCUUGCAAAAGCAAUAAAACGUGCUCAAGAGAUUGAGCCAGUGCCAAUACAAGAUAUAAAGCCUCAGCCAUUUAUGCACAUUUGGGAUUGUGGAGGGCAGGCAGUUUUUUUGGAGAUUCUUCCGGCUUUUCUUACACCACGCACGUUAUUUUUUCUCAUAUUUAAUGCAGCAAAAAGUCUUGAUGAGAAAUGGGAAAAUAUUCGUAAUACGAAAGGAAAUAUGGUGUGUGAUAAUUUAGAAAGCAUUUCUACUAAAAAUCUGCUUUUUAAUUGGAUGGUUAAUAUUCAUCAUCACUUGGCCCAACUCAAUGAAAAAAAAGCCUUUCUCAGCUAUCCUCGUAUUUAUUGCAUUGGUACACAUGGCGACUUGAUAAAAGGUGAUAAGCAGACAACUGCUAUAAAAAAUAUUGAAAGUGCUUUAUACCGAAAUGAAGCUUUUUCUUACCUUAUAAUGAAAGUUCUAAUUGUUGAUAACACAACCGCUGGAUCUGGAAGCCGUUAUGAAGAUCAAAAUUUUUCAACCAUUCGAGAAGAAGUUAGCGACUUCACCUCCAACAAGCUGAUUGUCAAGACGCCAGUAAGCUGGGUGCUGUUCCGUAAAGUUAUCAAAAGGCUUGGUAAGAAGGUUAUUAGUUUAAAAGAGGCUCAUGAAAUCGGUUUAGCAUGUAAGAUUCCUCUCAAUGAUGUUCCUAAAGCUCUUCUUUUCUAUCAUGAUCUUGGAGUUCUCCUUUACUAUCCAUUUAUCAAGGGUCUUAAAGACAGAGUUAUCAUAAAACCUCAGUGGUUUGUUGAAACUCUUGGAAAAGUUUUUACACUUGAGGGCAAAGAAAACCAAGAUGCACAACAAGCUAGAUCAAUGUGGAGUUUAUUACGUGACAAAGGUAUUCUUGUCCAGCCUUUGUAUCAAGAGGUUUGGGGAGAUUGCAAAGAAAUUGAGGCUGAUGACUUGAUGGAGCUGUUGGUUCAUUUUCGACUUGCUGCUGAAGUUAAAACGGAUCAAUAUUACAUUGCUAAUGUUAAGCAAUAUUUCCUACCUGCUGUACUUAAGUUGUAUGAUAUUUCAUCUCCACAUUCAAUUCCUGAUGAUCAGCCAGUUGCCCGAGCAACUAACCUUCACAUCACUUUUAGCACCGACUUUGUUCCUCCUGGUUUCUUCACUCGUUUUAUUGCAUCAUUUGCCAAUGCCUCAGUUAACGCCGCCUCAGCUAACGCCGCCUCAUCUUACGAAAUUUGCUUCAAAGAAAAGUAUGGUGUAUUUCGAAACCGUAUCAUGUUUGGAGAUCCAAAUAUCAAAGUUACUGUCUCUGAUUUUAGUGAUACAAUUCAAGUUAGCGUUGAGUGCUAUAUUAGCACAUCUUUCAGUAAUACCUGCCAAGAGUUAAAAAAAUUAGUAGAAAGAUGUUGCAGUGAAGUAGAUAAGUCUCUAGCUAAUCAAUGUAAUUCUUCAAAAACAAUUGAAAUAAAAAGAAAGUUUCGCUUUGAAUGUACAGCAUGUGAUAAGUAUGAGCCUCAUUACAUUAUCAGUGCUGCUUCGGGUCAAACAGCAGAUUCACUUCUUCAGUGUCAAAAAAGUAAAAUGCGACGUCGACCUACUCUCGAAGAAUCAUAUUGGUUUCCUGAAGGAGACAAGACAGCUCAAAAUGUGCCAGUGUCUAUUAGUGAACAAGAAAUGCUUAUCAUAUCACAAAGAGUUAGCGACAAAGCUGAUUCUGUGGCUGCAGGCUUGAAUAUGUUUCUGAGGUUGAAUACACUUCGACAAGAUCAUCACGAUAAUCCAAUGCUUCAUUUGCUUUUUGAGUGGAAUAGGGGAGGAGGACGUAGGGAAGACUUGGUUAAAACUCUUAAGGAUGUUAACCUUGAUAAACUUGCUGAUCAAGUCCAAAACUCCAAUUACAUACAAUUGUCUAGACCUCCCAGUGUUAUCAGCACAAGUUCUCGUCAACAAACACUUGACCCUCCUUCAGGCGCUGAGUCUUCUGGCAUUGAAGGAACUGAACCAAUUGAGUUUCAAGUAACAGAAGCUACAAAAGCUGAUCAAAGCAAAAAGUUUGCUAAAAUGGUCUUGGAAGUAAUAAAGGAGUAUGAAAAAAGUAAAGAACCUGAUGAUCAAGUUAUUGUUAAUCAAGGUGAGCAUGAAACACAAUCAGGAGAUCAGUGUCAAGAGCGUAGACGACAAGGAGUUGAACCUCAGCAAAGACAACAACAGCAGAGACAACAGCAGCAAAGACAACAACAGCAGAGACAACAACAGCAAAGACAACAACAUCAGAGACAACAAGAAGUUCAAAUUCAACAAGGAAGUCAACCUCAAGAGCAUAUUAGAAGUGACAUAUCAGAUAAUGACCUGUUGCGAUCGGCUAAAUAUCUCAAGCCUGAGCAUGUCAAAAAAUUUGCUGAAGUUUAUGAUGAUGAUUCAAGAUACCUUCAUUCAGAAUUAGAAAAAUACGAAAACAGUGAUGCACAAACAAAAGGAUUUCAUGUCCUACGUGCAAUGCUGAGAAGAAAUCCUAACGUUAGCCAUGACAAUCUAAAGGAGAGUUUAUCAUUAUUAGGAUUUCAUGAUGCUGCAAAAAAUCUAUCACCCAGCACUUGCUUAUUGAUCUAAAGAGAUAUCUGGUUUUUAUGCAGAAGUUUAAACUUUACUUUUUUGAUAAAAUGCUGUGACUUUAUAAUUAUAAUUUUAUAGUACUAUUUUUGUAGAAACUUGACACAUUUUCUAUUACAAUAAUAGCUCCUCCUACUGUGGUUUUAAAGUUUUCAUUGCAA